CCGGGGAUAAACAUAUGCACCAACUUGGUCUCCGCCAGCUUCGUCGCCUAGAGGCCGAGAUGUGCAUGCAUUUUGCACAAUGAACGGGUUACGCGACGCCUAUAACUUGCGCUUCUUCAUUGCAUAAUGGUCUCUGUCUCGAAGCCUUUUUUCAUUUGUAAUCAUCACGUCAGCACAAUCCCAAAUCUUUACACCAACCUCCAGCCACAAUGGGUUUCUUCUAUUCACAAUUCUUCAUAAAACCCGAGUAUCCAACCCAAUCGUUUGCCGGCCAAAGAGUCAUCAUCACCGGAUCCAACGUUGGUCUCGGCCUCGAAGCCGCACGGCACAUCGUCCGACUCCAAGCGGUCCAGGUAAUCCUCGCAGUCCGGAACCUAGACGCCGGAGAAGCAGCGAAGCGAUCAAUUGAGCAAAGUACGGGCCGACCUGGCGUGUGUCAGGUUUGGCACUUGGAUCUUGCAUCCUUUGCUUCCGUGCAGAAUUUCGCGGACCGCGUCGCCCGGUUGCCGCGAGUUGACUGUGUCGUGGCCAAUGCUGCUAUCGCGACGCCGAGCUUCAAAGUCGCUGAAGGCCAUGAGCGGACUAUUACCAUUAAUGUGAUUAGUACUAUGCUGUUGGCUGUGCUUAUUCUCCCGAAGCUACGCGAGACAGCCAAGCACUACCCGGAGAGCACACCGCGACACACAGUCGUCGUGAGCGAGACUCACGCCUGGACCCCGUUUCCCGAGUGGAAGUCCAGCAACACGUUCCAAGCCCUCAAGGACAUGGAAAAUGCGGACAUGGAGAAUCGAUACUCAACCUCGAAACUAAUGGAAAUCCUUCUCCUGCGGGAGAUGGUUGUCCGGAUGUCGGGCUCCGGGGUUAUCAUUAACAUAGUAAACCCCGGACUGUGCCACUCGAAGCUGGCGCGCGAGAUUGGCUGGGGGUUCUGGAUGUUUAAGCGGCUCGUUGCUCGUUCCACAGAGGUCGGGAGUCGUACUUUGGUAGCCGGGGCUAGUGCUGGGCGUGAUAGUCAUGGGAUGUACAUGACCGAUGGUCGGGUUUCGGAUGAAGCCUUGUCGGACUUUGUGCACAGCUCGGAGGGUAAGCAGGCGCAGAAGAAGCUUUGGAGAGAAAUUGCUGGGAUAUUGGAGGGUAUUCAUCCAGGUAUCAUGCAGAAGGUGUAGCCGAUUUGGGAGACUUGCAGAUUUUCUUAUCUUACCUGUAUCUAGUUGAGGCUGCAUAUCCAAAAUGCUAUGCAAUUGUCUACUAUCAGGAGGAACUCCCCUGGUGCCCCAUCAACAACGUAGCAGCAACCCUCUCCGAGUUCC